ACCAAUACCUAACCCAAACCUCCAACUCUCUAUAAAUUGAUAGUGAUAAUGCAAUGUUUAAGCACCAAAAAAUAGCCCAAGUUAAUUAAUUAGCAAAAGCACUUAGCUUUGUUAAUUAACCAAAAAUGACUUACCCUAAAACCCUUAUCGGUCUCGGUCUCCUCCUCGCUCUUCUUUUCAUCUCCUCCCAGGUCUCGGCUCGCCUACUCGAGGAAGACAAAGUUAAGGCCGAUGGCUUAGAUUAUCACGGUGGACACUACGGCGGAGGACACUACGGGGGAGGAGGACACUACGGCGGAGGAGGUCACUACGGCGGAGGUGGACACUACGGGGGAGGAGGUCACUACGGUGGAGGACACGGGGGACACUAUGGUGGAGGACACUACGGCGGAGGACAUGGCCUUGAUGCUGACACCAAAAAGUUGAACGAUCAAGGUCUAGAUAGUCACGGUGGACACCACGGCGGAGGGCACGGUCACGGCGGCGGCCACCACCACUGCCACCAUCCCCACUGCCCUGAGAGUGUUAAGAAUUAGAACCCUAAUACCUACACCCCAUCUGCUACCAUGUUUGGUUCAAAAUAAAAGCAUAUUAUUGUACCAUGAAAUAAAGUUUGUUUUUAUGUGUGUGUUGUGUUUUAAAUUUAAAUAAAAGCAUAAGAUAUGUUGUAUGAAGUGGAGAUGAUGCUAAAUUAUCAUACUUUGGUAAUUUAUUACAACCUAUGAUCUUUCUAGUUUUCAUAUUAUAUAUGUAAUGUCAAACUAUAUAUAAACUUGAUUUUGCUUUGUACAUAA